UAUCUUCACAAGGAGGUGCCUCGGGCUCUGGUGAACUUAGUAGAACCUCUGCAGGUAACACAACUAAGAGAAAUGCACAAAGAUCCCUCACUUGAAUGCCCAACCUGGCUGGUGAAGAUUAUGUGUCCUUGCGUUAUUUUGCCAAAGUCCAACUCUGAGGCUCUUCAAAUGUUGGAAGACCUCAACAGAAGCUAUCAGCGAGUGCUACAUGAACUCGUGGAGUCCGGCCGGUAUGACACUCGCUCAGACUUCACUGUGGUUAUCCAGCCUUUUUUCAGAGACAUCAUUUUCCCCAGGCUGCCGGAUGGCCACCCUGAUCGCUCUUUUUUUAGUGCUGACUGCUUCCACGUCAGCCAGAAGGCCCAGACCAUGAUGGCUCGCUCCCUUUGGAACAACAUGUUGGAGCCACUGGGCAACAAGACUUCUUUACAGGACUUUUCUGUAUCCACUGGCCUGAAAUGCCCAAGUAAGACUUCACCUUAUAUUCGGACCUACAACAACAGCAAUUACAUCUAUUCCAGUCCCUCCCCAACACCUCAGCCUAAUACAAACUGGGGAAGUGACUUUUCCUGUGUAAAUAUUGCACCAUCUGACACUGCACCAACUUCAGUCCACAAGCUGAGGCCAGCAGACAUUAAGGUGGUGGCAGCACUAGGAGACUCUGUGACAACAGGCACUGGUGCUAAAGCAGAGAACAUAUUUGAGCUCAAUACAAAGUAUAAAGGAGUAUCAUGGAGCAUUGGAGGUGAUGAUACUCUGGACACAGUCACAACACUACCAAACAUCUUAAGGAAGUUCAACCCCUCUCUGAAAGGCUUUUCCAAAGGUCAGGGGUUAUUGCAGAAGCACUUCAACAUGGCUGAACCUGGAGUUAAGGCAUCAGAUAUCCCAUCACAAGUCCAAGCUCUCAUCAAGGCCAUGAGAGAAGAUACGGAGGUGAAUUUUGAAAACGACUGGAAACUUGUGACAAUAUUCAUUGGAGGCAAUGACCUGUGCAAUUACUGCUUCGAUCAAAAUAAUCUAUCGCCCAAGAACUACAGCCAUAAUCUUAAGAUCAGCUUGGGUAUGCUUUACAAAGAGGUACCAAGGUUGUUGGUUAAUGUCGUGGAGAUCAUGCAGAUAACUCUGUUGAAAUCAGUUACGAGGGACACUUUGGGCUGUUCACUAAUCCAGAGGACCAGCUGUCCCUGUGUUAUCAACCCAUCAGAAAACUCUCCAGAGCUUGAGGAGAUGAAACGAAUCAAUCACGAGUACCAAGCUGAGCUCCAGUAUCUUGUAUCUGGUGAUCUCUAUGACGGAAAAGAAGACUUUGCUGUUGUACUUCAGCCAUUUUUACGUAAUUCCUUCAUCCCUAAAAUUGGAGAGGGUGAGCCAGAUACAAGUUUCUUCUCUGUGGACUGUUUCCACAUCAGUGAGCGAGCACAUGCUGAAAUGGCCAUUGGUCUGUGGAAUAACAUGUUAGAGCCUAUAGGCAGAAAGCAGGCCUACAACAACUUCACAUAUGACCGCUCCAAAAUUCACUGUCCCUCUGAGGCCAGUCCGUUUAUCUUCACCAAGAUCAACAGUCUCCCAAGUCCAUCAGGAACCACACCUACUCCAUUUACAGACUCCACCCACAGUUCCAACCCUGCGUUAACAGCCCCUGUGCUCAACUGUUCCUCCUCCACCCCUGUGUGGGUUCCUGUCCUUGUGGGAAUUGUAGGUUUAGUGGUGGGUUUUGCUGCCUGUUGGAUAAUUCUGUCCCUCGGUCAUCAUCGCAAAAGAAAGGCAGAGAGAAAAGAGCUUGAAAUGAAAGGAACAGCUUUUUGAUGUUGUCUAAAAUCGUGUCAAGAAUCAAAUCAGUGAGCUGAAAUCUGCACAAGACUUCAUUAGGGAAUUUAGGUUUGAAGCCAUCUCUCAAAUAUUUAAUUUUACUAUUAAAAUAUUCUUUAAAAGUGCUAGCAGGUGUGUGAAAUAUUUGUAAUUACUUUGUAUUGCACAAAAAAUUUGAACUAUUCAUAAUUAACUGUAUGAAUCCUGUCAGUUUGUACAU